AUGGCUGAGUUGUCUGAAGUCGAGGCCGUAUUGAAAUUCUUGGUGAAUGCAGUCAUCUCGUCAGUUGAUAGCAAGGAGGAGGAGGCUCAAGACGUCGAAGUGCUGCCCGUAGGAGGCUAUCUGUGGAAAUUCCCAUCCGAAGGAAGCAACCGCCUAGAGAACUACAACCUCCUUCCUCCUCCGGUCCCUCAGACUCUUGAUUACCCACGAAAAUGCAGUCACUGUGGCGUGUGCUGGGUGUCCGAUCGCGAGUUCGAGCUCGACCACCUUCGACAAUGCUCCGCCGUGGACCACGUUGAGGAUAUCAGGCUGAAGACCAUGAACCUGGGAGUUGCACGACGUGUGUGGUGCGAAGUGGACGAAUCGCUUAGUCGCCUACAGUGGCGAUAUGAUAGAGAUCUCGACAGUGAUAGCGCUACCGACUUCAUCGAAUUUGUCGAUAUCGCUGAGAUAAUUACCUGGGUCUGA